GCGCGCGCCGUCGCCGAGCUGGGCCAGAGUUGCCGGCGACGGGGUCUGAAGGUGAUGGCUCUGACCGAAGGCCUCGAGACGGCGUUUCCCGCUGUUCCUGCCGUCGCUGCCUGGGCCUCGGUCCGCUCAUCGUCAUGAGAGACCUAGAAAUGAAAUAGAAUGACACGGAACUUGCCCUGACGUUAACCCCAGCUUCCUCCUACGGAAACGGCAGAAAAGCUCUGCUUUUCAACUGGAUUCUGACGGCCACCCACACUCGUCAUUUAGGGAUCUUUGGAUGCCGAUGUUUUCUUGCCGGAUUUCCCACCCCUCCCGAGUCGCAUUUUUAAUGUGCAGACUACGAGACAGAGCCGUGAAGCAAAGAAAUCACAGAACAAGUAUUCAAGGGCCAUGCAAGCCAAUUGUAGUCAACUGCACAGCCCUUCAGGAGCUGCAGGCAGUGAGGACGCCUCAGCCUCCCAGUGUGUCCAAACAAGACUGACAGGAGAAGCUGCCUGUCUUUAUUCUGGAGAUGUUCAUAUCCAGAUAAGCUCCCUACCUAAAGAAUGUGCUGAAAAUCCAAGCUCCAGAAAUACAAGGUCAGGUGUCCACAGCUGUACCCAUGGAUGUACCCAUAGUCGCUUACGGAGUCACACCCACAGUGAAGCCAGGCAACCUGAUGAUAGCGACAUGGAGUAUGGAGAUCAUGGUAGCAGCUCCUUCUCAGAAUUCCGGUAUCUCUUCAAGUGGUUGCAGAAGAGUCUUCCAUAUAUUUUGAUUCUGGGUGUCAAACUUGUUAUGCAGCAUACAACAGGAAUUUCUCUUGGAAUUGGGCUGCUUACAACUUUUAUAUAUGCAAACAAAAGCAUUGUAAAUCAGGUUUUUCUAAGAGAAAGGUGCUCAAAGAUUCAGUGUGCUUGGUUACUGGUAUUCUUAGCAGGAUCUUCUGUUCUUUUAUAUUACACCUUUCAUUCUCAGUCACUUUAUUACAGCUUAAUUUUUUUAAAUCCUACUUUGGACUGUUCAAGCUUCUGGGAAGUACUUUGGGUUGUUGGAAUUACAGACUUCAUUCUGAAAUUCCUCUUCAUGGGCUUAAAAUGCCUUAUUUUAUUGGUGCCUUCUUUGAUCAUGCCUUUUAAAUCCAAGGGUUAUUGGUAUAUGCUUUUAGAAGAAUUAUGUCAGUAUUACCGAACUUUUGUUCCCAUACCAGUUUGGUUUCGUUACCUUAUAAGCUAUGGGGAGUUUGGUAAUGUAACUAGAUGGAGUCUUGGGAUAUUGCUGGCUUUACUCUACCUCAUACUAAAACUUCUGGACUUUUUUGGACACCUGAGAACUUUCAGACGGGUUUUGCGAAUAUUUGUUACACGACCAAGUUACGGAGUCCCUGCCAGCAAGAGACAGUGUUCAGAUGUGGAUGAUAUUUGUUCAAUAUGUCAAGCUGAAUUUCAAAAGCCACUUCUUCUCAUCUGUCAGCAUAUAUUUUGUGAAGAGUGCAUUACCUUAUGGUUUAACAGAGAAAAAACAUGUCCGUUGUGCAGAACUGUGAUUUCAGACCAUAUAAACAAAUGGAAAGAUGGAGCCACUUCAUCACACCUUCAAAUAUAUUAAGUUUUCAACUUAAUAUUAAGGCCACAAAACACUAACUUUAUUUGGUUACAGUGACUACUGGUAAAGACAUUAGAAUGGAUUUUCAGGGCUGGAAGGUAAGGAAAAUGUUCCCAAAUGGUUUUAGAGUAUUAUAGUUAAUACUUAAGUGUAUAGUCCAGUUUAUCAAAAUAUUAAAUGAAAGAUCCUAUAUUAUAUAAAUGUUCAUGCAUAUGAAACAUUUAUUCUAUCCUUAUUUGACUUAUGAUGGCAGUGUUCAAUUGUAAAUGUGUUUUCUUGUUAAUGUUACCAAAUGACAAUUGGGUAAUACAGCUAGUGGUUUUAGAGGAAUUCAGGUAUUCUUUCCAGACACUGUUUUCAGAAUAAAGAGUAUUUUUCAUAAUAUUUUAAGAUACACAUUACCUGAAAGUAGAAUUUUAUUUAGCAUUGACUUUUAUAAUUCCCAUUCUAAAAAUCUUAAAUUUUUUCCUAAAAUUUGUAUUUUUAAAUGAAAGCUAUAAAUGUUAUAUUUUACCUGUACAAUCAGAAUUUUCUAAGGAAGACGAAUUUACUGAGGAUGAAAUAUUUUAGUACUGUUAUUCUCUGUAGUAUGAUUAGCAGUCAUUGAGAAUAAAAGACAAAUUCCUUUUCUUUGUGGACAUCAUACAUACAAUCCUGUCCUCAGCUUUAAUGUUCAUGAUUUUGCUUUUUGUAUAGUGCCAUGGACUUUCUUGAAUUAACUAUUAAAAUAAUUCACAUGGAUUACAUA